AAAUGAAGUAAGGCGUAAAAAGAUGACUUUAUAAAGCUAUGUCAAUUACAGCCGCUUUUGGACACUACGGAAUCUAUUCCGAGGCACCUACAAAGGAAUUUUAAGUGAGUACAGAGAGCAAUGGGUAAGAGAAAGCAGGGUGCCCCACAGCGGGCAUCAGCGGACAAACGGCGCUGUCUUGAAUGGAACAUGCUUGAUGGAGUAAACCCUGAAGGGUCAUUGAUUGUACUGGAUGACAAUGACCCUUGCAUCUUAAAUGAGGCACAACAGGUACAAGGGUCUACCCCAGAGACAAAAGCUACAGAAACGUACAACCCACAACAACCACAAUUCUCAACACUGCAAAUGCGAGAAAUGUUUGAUGCCAACAUGAAAUACUGCUCCUACUCGAUAAGAGUGAUGUCGUCUUUGCCAUUUAGGGAGACUGAAUGGCACACAGAGCUAGGUGUAUUUAGUGUAAAGUUGCUACCAAUGAGUGAGGCAGCUGAAUGUCUGCCCAGUGGUCAUGACGAGAUCUGGCUUUAUGUCAGUGAGGUUACAGGCAAAAGCAUGCUGUACAUUGAAGAGGAUGAAAAUGAAGAAAAUCUAUCCAAGACUAAGACAUUGAACUUUUGGUGUGUGGAUAUAGACAUUCCCAUUGAUGUAAGUAUCCCAGUUCUCUACAAUUAUUUCAAGUACACAGCUUUUUAUGAGGACUCUUUGGAGUCAUAUUGGACGCCAUUUAGCUCUUCCUGUUUUCGGGAUUCCAGUACCCAAAACUGGUCGCAGGAUAAAUUUUUCAAUAUUUUGUUCUUUAAAUUAGCAUUUUUUGGUAGCAUCUAUAAAUAUCCAUUCUAA